AUGAAGAUAGGUAGUAAUCAAAGCUACCAGGGAGAAUUCAUCUUGCUGGGAGUAGCUGACCGGCCACGCUUGGAGAUGUUGCUAUUUGCCCUUGUCCUGGCCUGCUACUUGAUGACCCUCCUGGGCAACACAACCAUCAUUGUGGCAUCAAGAUUAGAUCCCCAUCUCCAUACCCCCAUGUAUUUCUUCCUUGGCAACCUUUCCUUCCUUGACCUCUGCUUCACCACCAGCCUUGGGCCCCAGAUGCUGGUGAACUUCUGGAGAAAAAGUAAGACCAUCGCUUAUGCUGCCUGCAUGGCUGAGCUGUACAUCUCUCUUUCUCUGGGCUCCACGGAGUGUAUUUUGUUGGCUGUCAUGGCCUACGACCGCUAUGCUGCCAUCUGUCAUCCACUGCGCUACGCUACUAUUAUGAGCCACUCUCUGUGUUUCACGAUGGCUGCUGUCUCCUGGGUGAGUGGCUUCAGCAACUCACUUGUUCAUACAGCAAUGAUUCUUAGGCUUCCACUGUGUGGACAGAAUCGGGUGGAUCAUUUCUUCUGUGAACUCCCUGCCUUUCUUAAAUUGGCUUGUGUUGACCCUUCACUUAAUGAGGCUGUGAUGUUUUCUACUAGUGUGGUGUUUCUUCUAGCACCAGUUAGUCUCAUCACGGUCUCUUAUGGUUAUAUAGCAGCUGCGGUGCUGAGGAUCCGCUCAGCUGAAGGCAGGAAGAGGGCCUUCAACACUUGUUCUUCCCACUUGAUGGUGGUUUGGCUCUUCUAUGGCACAGCCAUCUUCAGUUAUCUCCAGCCACCAACUGCCUCCUCCCGUGAUCAAGGCAAGAUGAUUUCCAUUUUCUAUACAUUUGUCACCACCAUGCUUAAUCCGCUGAUCUAUACUCUGAGGAACAAAGACGUACAUAAAGCUCUUCAAAGACUAGUGACAAAAAACUAA